AAACCCCUCACCUUUGUGAAAUCUCAAAUGCAAGAACUAAAAAGUCAAAAAGUGACUCAAUUACCAUUGGACAACCUUGUUGAAUAACCAUCUCUAAUUGCCGGUAGACAGUCCGGCGGAGUGGUACCCUUUUCAGCCACCAAGUGAGUUCAUCCUCUUUCUGCGACACCCAACUUCAGUACCAUCACUCAAUCAAUCAACCAAUUGCCCUUUAACUACAACAAACUCUCUCUCUCCUCUCUAACUUCCAAUUUUUUAUUUCUGGGCCUCACAGCAAAAAAUUAUCUGCGAGCUAUUGGAUUUUGGAAUUGAUGCAAGUAUGGAGUCUGACAGGUUAAAUCUGCCAGACACAUCAGUUGUUAAAAUAGACUUACUGGGAAAUCAAUUGCAAUUUUCUCAGGAUCCAAAUUCCAAGCAUUUGGGAACUACAGUAUGGGAUGCAUCAAUGGUAUUUGCCAAGUAUCUGGAAAGGAAUAGCAGAAAAGGGAGAUUUUGUCCAUCUAAACUCAAAGGGAAGCGAGUCAUUGAACUUGGAGCAGGUUGUGGAGUAGCUGGCUUUGGGAUGGCUAUGUUAGGAUGUGAAGUGGUCACAACUGAUCAGAAAGAAGUUCUGCCUCUGCUACAGCGAAAUGUUGAACGUAAUACUUCAUGGAUCAUGCAGGCAAAUGCCAAUGCAGAUUCAUUUGGCUCCAUCAAGGUUGCGGAAUUGGAUUGGGGUAAUAAGGAUCAUAUACAAGCUGUAAAUCCUCCAUAUGAUUAUGUGAUCGGCACUGAUGUGGUUUAUGCUGAACAUCUUCUUGAUCCACUGCUGCAAACGAUACAUGCUUUGUCAGGACCACGCACUACCAUUGUGUUGGGUUAUGAGAUACGUUCUACAAGCGUUCACGAACAAAUGCUUCAAUUGUGGAAGAGCAACUUUGAUGUCAAAACUGUUCCAAGAACCAAGAUGGACAGAAAGUAUCAGCAUCCAAGUAUUCAGCUUUAUUUAAUGGAACCUAAAAAUUCUGCUGGAAUUACGUUGGCAGUAGAUCAAGAGAAAAAUCAAGCAUCCAAAUCUUUAGAUAGAGAAAGUAACCAGAGGGAAGGAAAGACUAGCGGGAUGGAUGAAGUUGAGAGUGAGAAAAACGAUAAAGGCUGCUCAGAUUCUACAGGAGAGUCAAGCCGAGAUUUUACUGACUGGGAAGUGCGAAGAUGUGGUGCCAUGGCUGCCCGGCUUCUUCGUGAUGUUAAAAUCAACUAAAAAGUUCCAUGGCUUGCUGUCUUUUACUGUUGGUAUGUGCUUUCAUCAAUCCAUCAUCACCAAUUAAGGUAUUGCCAUGGUAUUCCUCUCUCUUUGAUCUCCUCGACCCGAACACAAUGCAGUUAUUUAUUAGUCUUUGGCUCUUUGCUAUGGAAAUAUCAUGUCUGUCAGAAAAUUUAGUACUGUAGUAUUAGCAAUAGAGGAAUAGAGGUAACCUUUUUUUCCUUUUUUUUUUUUUUUUCCCUUCCUUUUCAAGGUUAAGAGAUUAUUAAUGUAAUACCCUUCAUUUAAGAUAUAACCAAAUUAAGCUCAGCAAUGAAUAAAGUCUCUUAUUGCUUAAUUAGCCA